AUGUUUGUCCAAAUUCAAAAGAGAGUAGUAUACUAUACUGAAAGAGAUAGACGCAGAUGGCUAUUCUGGCUAAUAUUAAUCCCAAUCUUUUUAGUGUUGUUGGCAUUUUGGUUUUGGAGAAAAAGAAGAAGAAACCAAUCAAAGGUUGUACCAGUGUACAAUAAUAACAAUAGUUAUUUUCGUCCAAAUGGACCAGUUGGUCCAGUGGCAAGACCACCACCGCCACCACCGAAUGGAACUUACUACAUGCCUCAGUAUGCACAACUGCAACAACAACAAGGAACAAGUUAUAACAACAGUUAUGUUCCUCCACCUUAUCCUCCUCCACAAUCACUGUCGCAAGGUUACGGUUCAUCGUCAGACACCUAUACCCCACAAUCACAAUCACAGGGAAAAGCUGCUGAAGCUGCUGGUGAUUACACUGCACCCGACGGUCCACCACCAGCUCAUACUAGAUAG